GCAGGGAGCUUGUGACCCAACCAACACUGAAGAAAAAAAAGGAAUGAAAACUGAGGACUUGUUGUGAAUUUUGAUGUUGCACAUUGUUGCACUGACAUAUUUUUGUGCAGAUCUGAUAGAAAAACUGGUGCAUUCCGCUCAGCUCCAACACAAAUGGUUAUAACACAAAUACUUACAUCACACAGGUUUAUUUUACAGAAAAACGUAAUGAUUUUUUGCCUCUAAAAGCUUCAUGUUUGCACAAGAUUGAAUGUUUUACAUUUUGUUUGAAAGGUUUGCUUCAAAGUGUAUUGAAGAUUUGUUGCUCUUUUUAAUUGUCAUAGCUUUCCUUUCAAAUUGUAUUCUUCUUACUUUCUGCAUUUUCAAUGGAGUUUGCUGCUAAUGAGUCCUCAGACAUGCAGCAAUGUUUGCUUUGACCUUCCUCUUAAAUGUGGUAUCAUUUCAUCUGAAGAGGCAGCUGAACAGCAGAGAGCAGGAAAGGUAAAGAGGGGAUGGACCACUGCAGCUAUGUUUAGUGUCACCCUUGUCACCGAUGCCUUUAAUAGAAGAGCAGGCAGUUAUUUACACCAUAACAACUCCGGAGAGAGGACAGUCGAAUCCUAAGGGUCGCAGACUCGUGUCGGGGAACACAAGCGGGUCUCUGUCCUUUCUGCAGCUCAGAGAUAAAAGAGAUGGCAUCUGCUGGGAGCGUUCUUUCCAAGGAGCAGCUUCUUUGCCCCAUCUGUUUGGAUGUCUUCCGUCUACCCGUUUCAACUCCUUGCGGACACAACUUCUGCAGUGACUGCAUUCGGACGUAUUGGCAGAGCCCUCAUCUCGCACAGUGUCCUGUGUGCAAGCACAGGUUUUACAAGACACCUGACCUCAAGGUCAACACCUUCAUAUCAGAGGUGGCUUCUCACUUUAGGGAGAAUAAAUGUGAGAUCGAUGUGGUGGACCAGGCAGCAGGCGACCAAGGAGACGUUUCUUGCGACGUCUGUGUCGGAAAAAGGGUGAAGGCUUUCAAAUCUUGUUUGGACUGUCUGGCUUCAUUCUGCGAGACUCAUCUGGAGCCCCAUCAUGUGGUGAGCGCCCUCAAGAAGCACAGCCUGAUCAGCCCGAUGAUCGGCAUGCAGGACAGAAUUUGCAAGAAGCACGAGAAACUCCUGGAUUUGUUCUGCGACACGGACCAGAGCUACGUGUGCCACGCCUGCACAAAGACGGACCACGCGGCUCAUCACAUUGUUCACAUAGAGGAUGAAAGCGGACACCGCAGAGCUCAGAUGGUGAAGAUGAAUGUCAGAGUGCAAGAGAUGAUCAGCUGCAGGCGACAAACCAUCUUUGAAAUCAAUCAAGCUGUCGAUCUCAGCAAAAGAAACACGGAGAGAGAAGUUGAGGAGAGCUCGCAAAUCUUUGAGAAACUGAUCCAAAUCCUCCUCAAAAGUCAAGCUGAGGUAGUUGAAGCGAUGAAAACAAAACAAGGACAAGUUCUAAUCGGUGCCGCCAAGACUACAACAGAGCUGCAGCAGGAGGUCGAAAGGUUAAAAACAAGGAAGGAUGAACUGGAGCUGCUCUCUUGCACAGAGGACAAUCUCUACUUGCUCCAGAAAUUCCCCGACUUCUCCACAAUGCCAGCUGUCAGGCAGUGGGAUGACCUCUCUGUGGAGAGUGCUGAAUAUGUGGGCACAGUGAGGAGGGCGCUCCGGAGAGCCGCGUCAGAGCUGGAGGAGGCCGUCAAGGUGGAGUUGAAGAGGCUCUGUGCCACUGAGUUCAAACGUGCUCGCAGGUUUGCAGUGGACGUGACCCUGGACCCCAAAACGGCUCAUCCCAAACUGAUGCUCUCCAAAAGCAAAAAAGAGGUCUACCACAGCAACGUGGCGACAGACUGGGAGCCCCAGCGGCGUUCCCUUUCACCGGUUCUGACCGCAGUGAUGUGGACUCUGUUGUCCUGCGGCAUCUUCCUGGCGUUCUGCUUCCUCUUCUUCACCGUGCGCUUCAGAAAUAACAGGAUAGUGAAGAUGUCCAGUCCCAACCUCAACGUGCUGACUCUCUGUGGAAGUGUCCUGACGUACAUCAGCGGGUUCCUGUUUGCUGUGGAAGACCACACCCACUCCCCAGGUGGAACUUCUUCAUAUAUUCUGCAGGCCCGGAUUUGGACGCUUUGUCUCGGGAGCACGUUGGUGUUUGGGCCGAUUCUGGGGAAGACGUGGAGACUGUACAGAGUGUUCACUCAAAGAGUACCUGACAAGAGAGUGAUCAUCCGAGACAUUCAGCUGAUUGGGAUGGUGUUUCUGCUGCUGAUGGUGGAUGUGAUGGUUCUCACCGGUUGGAAUUUGACAGAUCCUGUGAGGUGUUCUCGGUCUGUGGCUGCAGUUAUGACGGUGAUGCAGGGAGACGUUUCUUCAUCUUUAUCUCAGUUGGACGCUUGUUCUUCAGUGUACUCAGACGUGUGGAUCAUCAUCAUUGCUGUGCAGAAGGGUUGUCUCCUUCUCUAUGGCACUUAUCUGGCCGGACUGACCAGCAAUGUCAGCCACACUCCGGUCAACCAGUCUCCCACCAUCAUAACCGCCGUCACCCUGGUCACUCUCUCCUCUGCCGUAGUCGUCCCGGUGUCCACCUCCCUGCAGGCCUGGCCUAACCUGGUCUACGCCGUUGUAGCCGGAGCCAUUUUCAUCUGCACUUUGGCCACAAACUGCAUGCUGUUUGUGCCUCAGCUCACCCAGUGUCGACAGUUUGAGGAGGAUCAGAACAACCCGAGUCAGAUGGCCAAGUAUUUCAGCAGCCCCAGUAAGAGCCAGGCGUCCAUGUACAGCCAUGAUGAGAUCUACUACCUGCUGGGAGAGAAUGACUCCAUGAAGAAACUGCUGAGUGAGAAAAAUGUCGCCAUUGAAAGUCUUCAGGAGCAGGUAAACAGCGCCAAAGACAAACUCCUUCGGCUCAUGACGGAGAGCCGUCCCAACAAAGACCAGGAUCUGGACUGUUCCCCCACUAACCUCAACUCAUCCACCACUCAGACCACUGAGCUCCAGUCUGAGGACCCCUCUUCCUCUCUGUCACAGUUCGACACUAAAUCCAGACUGACUUCCUGUCGUGUGACCUCUGCUCCUGUUUUACCUGUAAGGGAAUUCUAUGAGACUUCCUCUCCUCCAAACUCCCUCGAGUCCAUUUCACCUCCUCUUCCUGAGGAUACGUCCUCCUGUGAACCUCAGACAGAUGUCUCAAAGGCAAAGGAGUCCGCAGUGGGCGAUGACCUAAAGUCCCUCACAUUUCCUGCCAGGACUGCAGAGGAGGCGGUCCACUUCAUCACCUCCCUGCAAACCCAAAGAAGUCUGAACCCCUCGCAGACGGUCUCACUACUCAGUCCCAGCGGGCUGACGUUGCAGACAAACCCAGCUGGGUUUGUAAGCAGUGAGCAGCUAAAGGAGAUCCUGCAGGAGCUGAGUGUGGACGCAAUCAUGGAGACCACGCUGCGAUCUCCCGGCUUACCGCCCAGGACCCCCUCCCACCUAAAACUCAGCACACAGUCCCCACUGUCCCUGCAGACACCCCACUCCCCACAUCCACCCCUCCUGUUCCGCUACCCCAGCAUCUCCCCCAGCAUGAAGAGAAAGCGUCGGCCGCCUUUUCACUCCAGCAGAAGAGGUUUGGCCCCUCCAUGUCUCUUCAAGGGCCCACAAGCCCCCAGCUGCAGAAAGACUAGAGUUAACUGUGAGCUCCCGUCUCCAGAAGGUCAUACCGUGAGGGACGUGGUUUUCCAUGAUCCAAGCAGCGACCCGGAAGUGGAAAGAGACGAGGAGGGGGGGAAAUGCAGAAGAUGUGUCUUAAAAUAUCCCACGUGUCCAGGACAGAACCCUCCAGCUCCGGCUGACAUGGAGGAGACGGCUGAUCACAAGCAGCGCCGCAAAAACAUUCGAGACUCCAGCGGAUACUGGGACUCCGACUCCAGCAGCUCCACAGACUACUGCUACUAUCAUCGACCUUACUGCGACUCCUGCACGCAGAGAGGCUCGCUGCUCUGCUCCGACAGCUCCUCGGACUCCUCUGACAGCGAGUUCGACGACUACAUCAGCCUCUGCCCGUCCGCACGGCCCGUGGUGUUCAAGGAAGACCUCAAACCCACUUUUGUGUGAAAAACUGCACUUUACGGUCCAUAUUUAUCCAUUAGCAGCACUUGAACCUACAGUUUUCUGAAGCAGCCGCAAACAGCACCGGAUGAAGGGCUGAUCUGUUUAAAAAGAUGAGAAGACAUUAACAGGCUUGGUCUGAAUUUGAAAAACAAACCCUUUUUUUAAUGUUUAACUUCUGACCAUUUUACUGUCAUUUUUGAAUUCUUACCAUAAACUUCUUUAUUUUCUAAAUAGCGAAACACUCACCCUAAGUCCAAAAUAAGAAGUGCAUUUUAUUAGCUUUUUUUCUGAAAAGGUAGUAUUUAUUAUAAUAUUUAUUUGUUGAUGUUUUUUUUACAAGCUUUAUUGAUCCUUUGAAUGUUUUCCAAACACAUUUCAUAUUAAAUGCAAUAAAUAAUUCAUUUCA